AUGGGGGAUCAGAGGCCGCAGGACUGGCUGAGGUCCCCGGGCAUGGACUCCAAGCCCUGGUACUGUAACAAACCGCCUUCCAAGUGCUUCGCGAAGCUCAAGCACAGGCGCCUGAGGUUAUCACCCAUGGACACCCAGAACUGGGUAUUUGUGAAGGAGGGCAUGGACGACUUCCGCUACGGCUGUCCGUCUCCCGAGGAUACGCUCGUUUGUCGCCGUGACGAGUUCUUACUCCCCAAAAUAUCUCUCAGAGGUCCCCAAGCUGACCCCAAAAGCGUGCAGAAAAAGCUGCUCAAGAAAGCGGCCCUAUUUUCCAAACUCUCUCCAGCCCAGCUAGCACGGAAGGCGUUCGUAGAGCAAGUGGAAGCCCAGCUAAUGGCCAAGCAUCCCUUGGCUAUGUACCCCAAUCUGGGAGAAGAUGUGCCUCCAGAUCUCCUACUACAGGUGCUGAAACAGCUGGAUCCUGAGAGGAAGCUGGAGGACGCUUGGGCUCGUUGUGAGGCCCGGGAGAAGACAACCCAGGUACCCACUGAGCCUAGUAAAUAUCCCUGUGGGGAAUUCUGCCUGAAGCCUCCCGAGACUCUGGUGUCCCAUCACCGCCGGGAGCUUCCCAAGACUACGGUGUCCAGUCUCUGCCCAGAGCCUCCCGAGACUGGAAUGUCCCAUCUAAGCCCGGAGCCUCCCAAGACUCCGGUGUCCAGUCUCCGCCCCAAGCCUCCGGAGACUGGAGAGUCCCAUCUCCGCCUAGAGCAUUCCAAGACUCAUCGGGGGUCCAGUCUCCGCUUGGAACCUUCCGAGACUGGAGUGUCCCAUCUUAGUCCGGAGCCUCCCGAGACUCGUCGGGCGUCCAGUCUCUACUCGGAGCUUUCCGAGACUGGAGAGUCCCAUCUCCACCCGGAGUCUCCCAAGACUCGUCGGGGGUCCAGUCUCUACUCGGAGCCUUCCGAGAUGGGAGUAUCCCAACUCCGCCUUGCGCCUCCCAAGACUCGUCGGGGGUCCAGUCUCUACUCGGAGCCUUCCGAGACUGGAGUGUCCCAUCUCCGCCUGGCGCCUCCCAAGACUCGCCGGGGGUCCAGUCUCCACUCGGAGCCUUCCGAGACUGGAGUGUCCCAUCUCCGCCUGGCGCCUCCCAAGACUCGUCGGGGGUCCAGUGUCCACUCGGAGCCUUCCGAGACUGGAGUGUCCCAUCUCCGCCUGGCGCCUCCCAAGACUCGUCGGGGGUCCAGUCUCCACUCGGAGCCUUCCGAGACUGGAACUGGGGUGUCCCAUCUCAGCCCAGAGCCUCCCAAGACUGAAGUGUCUCAUCUCCACCCAGUGCCUCUCAAGACCGGAGUGUGCCGUCUCCGCCUGGAACCUCCCGACACUAGUCGGGUGUCCAAUCUCCUACUAUACAUGCUGAAAAUGCUGGAUUCUGGGAGGACGCUGAAGGACGUAUGGGAUCGUUGUGAAGCCCGGGUGAAGAAAACCGAGGAACCCACCGAGCCUGAUAAAUCCCCUUGUGGGGAACCCUGCCUGCAGCCUCCUGAGACUCAGGUGUCCCAUCCCCACCCGGAACACCCCAAGACUCGCUGGGUGUCCAGUCUCCUCUCGGAGCCUCCCAAGCCUCGUCGGGUGUCCAGUCUCCGCCCGGAGCUUCCCAAAGCUCCAGAGUUCCACCAGUUCUCGGAGCCUCCCAAGAUUCGAGCAUCCUACAUAAAAGAACUGCUUCAGAAAGAUACACCAAGCACAAAAGAGUGCGUUUCUGACUCUCUUCAAUAUAGAUACACAUCGGAAAAACUCCGUGAAUUCUUCAAGUGGGCUGGAGACCUGGGAGCUGAUGAAGAAUCCAUCAGGAAUCUGUUUGACUUUACCCCCAACUACAGAGCAACCCAUGAGGACCAAAAGUUUAAGAAGGUAAAGGAGUGUUCCUCAGAGCUGAAGUACAGCGUGGAGCUAGAUGAAAAGGAUGAGGACAAAUUCUUCUCAAAGGAAAAACACUGGGGCAGGAAAUUCCACAGGCCAUCGAAUUCUUAUACCACACAGCGUGUGAAGAUGAAGUAUGGAGCAUGGUACCUCAAGCCUAAGUUGUGGAAAAAGCUAAGAAGUGAUGAACCUUUGAUUGACCCCAAGCUCUCACUUAAAAAGCCUGAUGAACCUGACGUUCUUGACGAUCUUUAUGGACCAAUUGCCUUUAAGGAUUUCAUUCUAAGCAAGGGCUAUGAAAUGCCUGGAAUCCUUGAAAGGCUCUUUGCCAGGAAGGGAUGGACUUAUGACUCUGUUAAGACUCCUAUUCAACAUGCAAUGAUAGUUUACAAGUACAAAGAAAUCGCAGAGGCAUCGGAAGAAGAUUAG